AUGCUUGCGGUGUAUUUUGACACCAAAACUUUGACUUGGAGGGUUAAAAAAUUAGUCGAGAACCACAACCACGAUCUUGUCCCACAAUGCUUGGUACACCUAAUUCCAAACCGCCGAAGGUUGACUGAGGUACAAAAAGUUCAGGCAAAUACCAUGCAUGAUCAUGGUCUUCCAACCUCUAAAAUAAUAGGAUUAAUGGUAGGCCAAGCCGAUGGUUAUGCCAAUGUCGGGUUCACAAAGAAGGACCUAGAUAAUCACUUUCAAAGAACUCGCCGUGCAAAGCUCAUUGGUGGGGAUUCCAAUGCGACGAUUAGCUAUCUACUUGGGAAAGCCGAUGUCGACCCAAUGGCCAUGGCAAGGUACAGUGCUACUGAUGAAGGUUGGAUGGCAAAUUUAUUUUGGGCAGACGAAAUCUGUAGUUCCAAUUAUUAG